GCCACCUCAGCCGGAUUUGAAGGAAUCGGUCCCUUGGUGAGCCGAGGGGUUCAACAGUUGACCUACUCUUCGCUCUGCCUACCGGAGGACAUCAAGGCUCGGGGAGUUGACUCUGUCGCCAACUAUUUUUAUCGAGAUGAUGCCACCAAGCUCUGGGAUGCCAUAGAGAGCUUCGUGGCGGGCUUCGUCAGAUACUAUUACUGGAGCGAUGAUCGGAUCAAAGGGGAUGCCGAGCUCCAGGCCUGGAUCUUGGAGAUCUUCAAGGAAGCCUUCCAGAGCCGAGAGGCGUCAGGGGCUCCUUCAAGGCUGGAGACGGCGGAGGAGCUCACCAAAAUCCUGACUGUGGUCAUUUUCACCUGUUCGGCUCAACAUGCGGCGGUCAACAGUGGGCAGUUUGACUUCGGCGCCUGGAUGCCCAACGUGCCCCCUACCAUGCGGAGACCCCCGCCCACCGUGAAGGGCUCUGCGUCGCUGGAGGGCAUCCUGAACACCAUUCCGCAGGUCAACAUUACCUGCAUCGCGCUCUCUUCCCUCUGGCUGCUGAGCAAUGAAGCUGGCGACCGG